AUUUGAAUAAUAAAUGAUCCAGGUCACUUUCUGUUCCCAGAAUUUGAGCUUUUACCUUCAGGCAGACGAUUCAGAGCUCUCAAAUACAAAACUAACCGAUUGAGGUUUUCAUUUAUUCCAGCAGCAGCUGAACAAGAACUGAUUAGUUCUGUUUGCAGAUGCAGUUGUCCUAUAGAAAUAACACAAUCUGCUUUGAGGAACAUAAUCAUAUGUAUCUAUUAUUUUGGUACUGGUCCAUAGUUUUAAUAGUUGCUGUAGAUUCAUUGUGAAUUGAUGAUGCAUUUUACUGGAAUUAUUCUCUUAAGGUUUCAAUUAGAUAUUUUAUCAUUCGGGUUCCUAACUGUGAGGGACAUGUCUGGGGAAAAUUCUUUAUACUCCGGUUUUUAUUAUUUAUUUUGUAUUUGUUUGAUGUACUUUUAUGAAUGAUGAAACAUUUAAGUAUCUCUGUGGCCCAGAACACAUUUCCUCUCUGAGGACAAUAAAGUUUACCUUACCUAACCUGCAGCAGGGGGCGGGGUUUCUGUGGUGGGUGGACUUGAUGACAGUGACGCUCCUCACCUGACACAGAGAUCCAGCUGGAAACUCUCCAAUAAACAGUCAGCGGGACUCAGUGUCGCUCAGCUGUCAGACCACGCCUUCAACCCAGAAGUAGUGGCGGUGCUUUUCCUGUAAACCACAGUGCUGAAUCUCCAACCAUGUGGCUCCUCGGUUCUGUUCUGUUCAUGGUUCUGGGGGGUUUGUCUGGUUCCGGAACAUCAGGUCUGAACAUCACUGCUAGACCUGGAGAUGACGUCACUCUGACAUGUGGAGACACAAACAUAACUAAGAAUCUAGUUUUUGUGUGGAACAGACCUGACCUGCAGGAGGAGAAAUGUGUGUUUUUUUACAGGGAUGGUGGUGCUGUUCCAGCAAAUCAGCAUGAAUCCUACAAGAACCGAGUGUUUCUGAAUGACAGUCAGGUGAAGGAUGGAAAUCUGUCUGUGGUUCUGAAGAACGUGACCAUUAAUGACACUGGAAUAUAUGAGUGCAGAGUUCUACAGGCAAGAACCAAGAGAUCUGUUUUAAAAACUCCCCCCAUCUGCACCGUCCAUCUGUGGGUGGUUCCUCCAGGUGACCCGUCUCCAGGUGAGCAGUGUUUGUGUUCCUGCUUGAUGUCAGAGUAAAGGUCUCAGAUCAGACGUGUUUUCUGAAGAUGUUGUUGAUGAGACUCUGCAGGAAGCAGCUGCUCUGAUGAGGAAGAGGAGAGGAUUCUGUUCUGCACUCAUCAUCCUCUCUCUCUCCUGCAGGACAGGUGUCCAGUAUGGAUCACUGGGAUUGUUCUGGCAGUUAUUGUUGUUCUCUGGAUCUACAGGAAGAAAAAAGGUCCAAAUCAAAGUUCCAGUGGUUCCAACAACCAGCAGAAUCCUGAACAGGAUUGUCUAAACUCAGAUUCUAAUGCAGUGAGAAACACAACAAACACAGAUCCUUGAAGUUCUGAAGGUCUUUUCUGUUCCUGAAGUGGAUCUUCUCUGCAGUUCAGACUCUAGAACCUUUCAGAAUAAAAGUCUAAAGGUCAGAAGAAGCACAAGUUUCCUCUAGAGAAGCUCCAGCCUCAUCUGGAAGAAGUGGGACAGAUGCUCAGAGGUUCUUCUCCUCUGAGGAAAGAUGGAGCUUCAGUGAAGAAAGGUGGAGACCAGCCUGCAGAGAAGCUGAACUUCUUCUGGUGAGGAGAACCUGCAGAUGGAGUUCUAGAGGAAAGAAAGCUUCCAGAACCUCACACAACAGCUGCAGUCCAGCUGGAAGUUGGAUCUUCAUCGGAUGCU